AUGUCCCGUGAGAAGUUGGACGGCGAGGCAAUGGCCGAAUACUGGCGUAACCGGCUGGAAAAUGCCACACCAGCCUCAUUUCCACCCAGGGCCUCAGGGGCAGGCGAAUUGAAUGAGGGUGGAAACACGAAGUUGUACGGGAAGACGGUCGACAUCCCUCAGAUUGGCAGCCUCCCAGUCCAGCUGUCAACACUCCUCCAGGCCGCAUGGGCGAUGGUCAUGUCGCGGCAUUCUGACUCCGAGGAUGUAACGCUUGGUUAUGUCCUCUCGGCUAGAGAUGGGGGGGAUCUGGGCUCGGCUGGCUCCACGGCUGUCACAGUUCCCAUGAGAUUUCACUUGCUGAAGGAGGAAUCAGCACUGCGCUUCCUUCAGUCUGUUGAAAAUCAAUCACGAGAGAUCGCGCCUUUUGCGACAUUUGGCAUCAAAAACAUUGCCAGAGUAAGCCAGGAUGCAGAAUCGUCCUGUGCGUUCACGAGCCUGAUGGCCUUUCAACGGAUAGAAGACACUAUCACACCUGGGAAAGGUGCCACGAAAAAGGGCCACUGGGCCGUGAAUGAUUUUUUCUCUACUGGACAGUCACUUCUCUGUCAGUGUUUGGUGCAGGAAGGGCAUAUUGAGAUCGACCUAAAGUAUCGAUCUGAUAUUAUUGGCGACAACACCGUCUGCGCUCUCGCCCACCACUAUGAGAGCGCCAUUCGGGGCCUCGCAGUGGGAGGACCUGCCAUGAAACUCGGAGAUAUCAGCUUGGCAGGCUCGUGGGACGUUCAGCAGGCUACGGUAUGGAACCAGGCUCGUCCCGAAACAACUUAUGCAUGCUGGCAUGACAAGGUUGAGGAGCAGGCUGAGAAGCAUCCCGACACCGUCGCUCUCCAUGCCUGGGAUGGUGUGCUGACUUACCAAGCCUUGAGCGAAAUGUCGGACCGUAUUUGCUCCUUCUUGAUGAGCGAGUGGAACGUACAAGAGGGCGAAAACGUGAUCGUCUUCUACGAGAAAUCACUCUGGUAUACGGUAUGUAUCCUGGCCCUCAGCAAGGCCGGUGCUACCUGGGUGCCACUCGACCCUUCCCACCCGAGGGAGAGGCGGCGGGCGAUUGUCAAGCAAGCAUCUGCUCGACUUGGCCUGACAUCUCCGAAGCUCUAUGGCGAGUGUAAAUUUCUGGUCGACGAUGUUGUCCAAGUCGACUUUGAUCUUGAUAGCCGCCUCUUCAUGAACAGCUUCACGAGUGAGGAGGAUGAGGUCAAGCCCUCGAGGCCAGUAUCCCCAUCCAGCGCGGCAUACAUCCUAUUCACAUCAGGAAGCACUGGAGUUCCAAAGGGAUUUGUCAUUGAGCACAAAUCUUUGGCUACGAGUCAAGUUACGCUUUGGAACAAGCUCCGUUCUCCCCCUGGCACUCGCGUAUUGCAGUUUGCAGCUCACGUGUUUGACUUCGCAAUCAUGGAACUGAUUGGCUCGCUGAUGGCGGGAGCGUCCCUUUACAUCCCGUCUGAAGAGGACAAGAUGGACAACCUUGCAGCAUACAUCAAUUCAAAUGCUAUCCAGCAUCUUAUCCUGACACCUUCUGUAGUGAGGACAUUGCGAGCCAAGGACCUUCCAACGGUGAAUCUGAUUUUCUUGGGUGGUGAGACGGUUACCCAGGAGAUUUUGGACAAUUGGUUCGGCAGAGUGCGGUUAUUCAACGCAUGGGGCCCUGCAGAGGCAACUGUCUGCAGCAGUUUUCAUGAAUAUCGAUCCAAGAGCGACCACCCGUCCACCGUGGGCAAAUCUACGGGAGGCUUUUGCUGGAUCGUGGACCCUGAGAACCAUGAGAAGCUGGCUCCGAUUGGUGCUGUCGGUGAAGUUAUUAUACAGGGACCGACGAUCACGCGCGAGUAUCUCGGCGACAAAGCGAAGACGGAACAGACGGUUAAGCCUGCACCACAGUGGGCUCCAUUCCGAGAUGAAGAGGGAUGGGAUAGGAUCUACAAAUCUGGGGACCUUUGUUUUUACAAUUCUGAUGGCGACAUGCAGUUUGUGUCUCGAAAGGAUACGCAGAUCAAAAUCAGAGGUCUCCGAGUAGAGCUUGGAGAGGUUGAGCAUCAUGUGCUCGAAGGCUUGUCUGGUGUUCGACAUGUGGCUGUCGAUGUGAUCAGAGCGGGAAAUUCAUCCAACCUUGUGGCGUACUUCUGCUACAAUGAUGAAAUGCGUGUCAACAUGGCCACUGACCAAUCGAUAUUUCUCCCAUUUACUGCCGAUCUUGCUCGGCGCGUUAUGGAGUUGGUUGGCAAGCUCAAUCUUCAUCUCCCGUCAUAUAUGGUCCCGACAAUUUUCAUCCCCUGCAGCAUCAUGCCAGCCAACACAUCUCUGAAACUGGAUAGAAAGACGCUGGCAAAGGCAGUUGAUACCCUGAGCCAUUCCGCACUUUCAGGCUACUCACUCGCGAACCUCCCUAAACGCCAGCCGGAGACUGUGAUGGAGUACAGAAUGCAAGCCUUGUGGGCGCACGUUUUGGAUAUUCCCGAAGAAGGGAUCGGAAGAGACGACAGUUUCCUUCGUCUAGGGGGCGAUUCGAUCAAGGCUGCCCAGCUUUCCGCGGUUGCUCGCGACUCUGGUGUACAGAUCUCGGUCAAGGACACCUUCCUAGAUCCGCGAUUAUCUGCUGUUUCAACCCGCGCUUGUACAAUCGAGGCUGACCGCAGACCUAGCGGAGAAAUCAGACCAUUUGAUCUGCUUCCGAGCGGCAUGAAGGAAAUUGUACUCAGCCCCGAGAUUCGGGCAAGAUGUGAUCUCAAGAAUGGACAGAUCAUUGAGAAUGCUUUGCCCGUUACUUCAUUGCAAGAGGGGUUCAUGGCACUCUCUGCGAAACAAUCUGGAUCAUAUAUGGCAAAGUGGGUUUACCGCAUCGCGGAGCAUGUUGAUUUGGAUGACUUCCGCGAGGCUUGGGAAGCCACUGUCGAAGCCUGCAGCAAUCUACGGACCAGGUUGGUCAGGGUGUCGAACCAAACAGUCCAGCUCUAUAUUAAGAACGACGUCGAUUGGGAGGAUACAGCAAGGAUGGACCUUCGCGCUCUCUUGCUCAAGGUAAAGGGCAUGGAAAUGGGUCUUGGUUCUCGUCUCUGUCGAUACGCCCUCGUGCAAGGCUCGAGUCCAUCGGAAAACUUCUUUGUUUUUGUUGCCCAUCACGCCAUCUAUGACGGCUGGACCAUGCGGCUGAUUCUUGGGACUUUGUCUGAAAUUUACAAGGGGACUGCGGUUACCGAACUAAAGCCAUAUGACUAUUUCAUCAAAUACAUUCUGGAUACCAAUCUUCAUGCUGCCAGAGCGUACUGGAAACACCAGUUGCAGGAUGCUUGUCGUCCCGCCUUUCCAGCUCUUGGAGCUCAAGGCCAUGACAACGGUCAGACAAAGCUUCUGAGGAGGACAUUCGAUUUUCUACCUCUGGAUGGAUCAAUCACGAAAGCAACUCUGAUGCGAGCAGCUUGGGCAAUUGUUUUGGCAAGGUAUUCUGAGACGGAUGAUAUCUGUUUUGGUACUUCGAUCUCAGGUCGCCAGGCACCCGUCCCAGAUAUCGCUGAAAUGACUGGUCUCGCAGUGGCUACAGUUCCUGUACAUAUUCAAAUGAACCCCGAGCACCUCGUAUCUGAAUUUCUUGAACAGGUGCAGCUACAGUCAACUGAAAUGGUACCUUUUGAGCAGUUUGGCCUUCAAAACAUUUCCAAACUGGGGACCGACCUCCAGGAAUGUUGUGAUUUCUCGAGUCUCCUUGUCGUCCAGCCCAUUCAGACUAUGGGAGAGAUAGGAAAAGACGCCGAUCGGAUUUUGCUGGACCCGGACAGCCCUGAAGUAGAUGACGAGAGGGAUCUCGACGGGUAUUUUACCAUUCCUCUGGUUGUUCAAGCUUUGGUGUCGGAGAGUAGAACCGAGCUCAUUCUCACUUACAAGACGGGCAUUGUUAGCGAAUACCACGCCAAUGCUAUCUGUAGUCAGAUUGAACACGUUACAAAUAGCCUUGUUUCCAAUCCUAAGCUGCCAUUGAGCGAAAUAUCCGUCGCUGGGUCAUGGGAUUUAGAGCAGGCAAGGAGUUCUUCAAGCAAGGUCACAGAUGUUGUUCAAGCUGUGCUCAACGGCAUUGCCCCAGGGAAGACGAACAAUGGAUCGCAGUCAAAGCUCAUCGGGACUGGUGAACAAGUUGGUCCUGGAUUCGGUUGGGUUGUAGAACCUGAAAAUUAUAAGAAGCUCACACCCAUCGGGGCCGUUGGCGAAAUUAUGAUACAAGGCCCAGCACUGUCCGGCGCGUCCCUCUCUACCAAGAGCUUGCUUGCUUUAGAAGCGCCCGAAUGGGCCUUGAACAGCCAAGGAGGCAACUGGAAUCAGUUUUAUCCAACCGGAGAGCUUGGAUUCAUUAACUCGAAGGGCUCGAUGGAAUUUUUCUGUCGCAAGGAAGACCAAGUCAAAAUAAAGGGAUUCCGGGUUAGACUGUUUGAAGUUGAAGAGACAAUCCGAUCAACUCUGGGACGGACUUGCCAAGUAGUUGUUAGCACCUUCAACGGUGCAUCUGGCAUGGCUCUUGCUGCAUUCCUCUACUUUAGCGACGGACAAAAUGGUGAAGAGUCCACCGGUAACGGAGACCGAGCAACCGACUUGUUCAUGCCAAUCGGCUCCGAGUUGCAGAAGGAGCUUGCAACGGCAGUGAGCAAACUCAGCGUCACUAUCCCUCGGCAUAUGGUUCCCAAACUGUUCAUUCCUUGUCGAUACAUCCCAGUUACCGAAUCAUCUAGGCCGGAUCGACAGGCAUUGGAUGAACAAAGAGCCAAGCUGAACGUUGAACAGAUGCAUCACUACUCGCUCGCUGAUGCAAUCAAAGUCAUGCCAGAUACGCCGAUGGAAAUGACUAUUCAGCAGCUAUGGGCUGAUUUAUUCAACUUGCCGAAACACGCCAUUGGAAAGCACGAGAAUUUCCUGAGUAUCGGCGGUGACUCAAUUACUGCCAUCCAUUUUGUCUCAGCAGCGCAGAAUUCUGGGAUUAAGUUAUCUGUGAGAGACAUUUUCAAUGACCCUAGGCUCUCUGCCGUCGCGAGAUCAGCGGCGGCUAUUACUGAGAUUGAGUCCGAAAUGACACUCAAUCCAUUUGAGUUGCUCGAAGCGAAAGUGAGGGAUUCCGUGCUCAGAAAUGAUGUACGGGAGACGUGUGGAUUGAGCAACCAAAUGGUGAUUGAGAACGCCAUGCCCGUGACCUCACUCCAAGAAGGUCUUAUGGCUCUCUCAGUAAAGCAUCCCGGCUCGUAUAUUGCGAAGUUUGUCUAUCGUAUUGCUGAAGACGUCGAUAUUGAGAAAUUCCGCGCCGCUUGGGAGAAGACAGUGGAGGUUUGUGGCAACCUCCGCAGCAGAAUUGUGCGAGUCUUGAACCAUACCAUUCAACUAUAUGUGAAAGACGAUGUGACGUGGGAGCACACCGCAAACAAGAGUUUGCGGAUGUUCAUCAAUGAAGCUAACAGCUUGGAAAUGACCUUUGGAUCCCGCCUCAACCGCUAUGCACUGGUCCACGAGGCUGGGGCCCGGAAUUACUUCGUCUUGGUUGCACAUCACGCUUCGUACGAUGGAUGGACACUUCAACUGAUGCUGAGGGUGCUAUCGAACGUAUAUCGAGGAGAACCUUACACGGCUAAGUCGUUCGACUACUUCAUGAAGUAUGUCCAAUCACUGGACAACGACGAGGCAAGCACAUUCUGGAAGAAGCAACUUGAGGGCGCGAUGCCAGCCAGCUUCCCCCGCCCCGUGAAGAAGAAUCAGGCUCCAGAUACCAGGAUUAUCAACAAAGCAAUGGAGAUCCCUAACGUUGAUCACGACGCUUCCAUUACGAAAGCUACUCUCAUUCGUGCUGCUUGGGCCAUCGUCCUCGCGAGGCAUUCUAAUACCGAUGAUAUCACCUUCGCCACAUCCAUUUCUGGCCGUCAGGCGCCUGUUACAGGUCUCGCUGAUAUUCCUGGCCCAGCUGUGUCAACGUUGCCUGUCCGUGUCCGUCUGGGGGGACCAUCGACCAUAUCUCAGUUCUUGCACAACAUUCAAAAGCAAGCAGCCGAGAUGAUCCCAUAUGAACAAUUUGGGCUUCAGAAGAUAGGGAAGCUUAGCGCUGAAAUCAAAGAGCUCUGCAACUUCACCAGUCUGUUGGUCGUCCAGCCGUAUCAAAAGAUGGCCGAGAUCGGUCGGGAUGUUGAGUCCAUUGUAGUCCCCGAGGGCUUGGAGGAUCAACAGGAUGAAAAGAAUCUUAGUGGAUACUUUAGCAUGCCUCUGGUAUUUCAAGUGGUCAUCUCUGACGAUGAGUUCGUAACGAAUCUGACGUACGAUUUGAACGUUGUCAGUGAGCUUCAGGCCACCGCGCUACUACAUCAGGUUGAGCAUGUCGUUCAAGAGCUCCUCCACAACAUGGAUAGGCCACUGGCAGAUUUAUCCGUGGCUGGAAAAUGGGAUAUAAGCCAGGCGUAUGCCAUGAACAGCGAUGUACCCGACAUUGUUGACUCAACGUUUCAUCAAAUGAUCGAGAAACAUGCCGUAAUUCGGCCUAACGCUGUUGCCCUUCAAGCCUGGGACGCAACUUUCACAUAUAAGCAAUACAAUGAAUCGGCCAACCGGUUGGCAAAGCACCUCACCUCACGUCGUUUGAUAAGCCCGGGAGAUCUUGUGCACGUUUGCUUCGAGAAGUCUGCUUGGCACUUUGUAUCCAUCUUGGCCAUCAACAAGGCCGGCGCCACAUGGAUUCCUCUAGAUCCAUCACACCCUCAGCAACGACAUAGGCAAAUCAUCACACAGACGGGAUCAAAGGUAAUCCUGACAUCUCCCAUGCACGCUAAGUCUUGUUCUAAGGUUAUCGAUACUGUCGUCGAAGUGUCGCUGGAGCUGGAUAAUCAACUUCUUAGGGAUAAGAAGAUCAGCAAUAGAAAUCUUGAUUUAUCUGUGUCGUCCAAGACUGCUUGUUACAUUCUUUUCACCUCUGGAUCUACUGGAGUACCCAAAGGCCUCGUGAUGGAACACUUGGCCGUUUGCACAAGCGAGGUGGCAACUGCUAAACGGGUCGGCCUUAACCCUGAGGUCAAGAUGCUUCAGUUUGCUGCCUUCGUCUUUGAUUUAUCUAUCGGAGAAAUUAUUGGCGCUUUAAUCACUGGCGCUACAUUGUGCAUUCCCUCAGAAACAGAUCGCAUCAACCACCUGGAGAGGUAUAUUCAAGAUAACAAGGUCACAUGGGCGUAUUUAACACCUGCCUUCGUGCGAACCUUGAAGCCGGAAGAUGUUCCCUCCCUCGAGCUGCUAUUGCUGGCAGGAGAGGCCGUUGGGAAAGACGUCUUUGAUACUUGGAUGAACAAACUGAGAUUUUUGAACGCUUGGGGACCAGCCGAAACGUGCUGCCUCACAACUAUUCAUGAAUGGAAGUCAGAUCUUGAAUCACCUCUCACUAUCGGGAUGCCGGUUGGAAGUCACUGUUGGAUCGUGGAACCCGAUAAUCCGUACAAGCUCGCGCCCACAGGAGCUCUUGGUGAAGUCCUGAUCCAAGCUCCCACAAUCCUUCGGGAAUACCUCGACAAUGUUGAGAAAACAUCUGCUUCGGUUCUCAGUGGCACGCCCCAAUGGGCCCCUAACACCGAUAAGCCUCAUUGGGGACGGUUCUUCCUGAGUGGAGAUCUAUGCUUCCAGAACGCCAACGGCCAUCUUGAAUUCUCCGCAAGAAAAGAUACCCAGAUAAAGAUUCGCGGGCUGCGCGUUGAGGUUGAAGAAAUCGAGCAUCAAAUCCGGAAUUGUCUGCCGGAAGUAUGUCAAGUUGCGGUUGACGUCUUUAAGACAAACAGCGGGAAACAGUUGUCAGCUUACCUUUGCUUCAACAAAGAGAACCGGGUAGACAAGAAGAAUAUUUGCUGGGACGGCAUGUUCGCCGCUAUGAGCCCCGAACUUUACGAUAAGACGCUGGAGCUCUCUGGAAGGCUCAAGGCUGCCCUCCCUUCAUAUAUGGUUCCUGCCACAUUCAUUCCUUGCGCCUAUAUGCCCUUUAUUACUUCUUCGAAACUAGACAGGAAUAGACUUCGCGUUGAAACAGAGAAAUUGAGCCCACUCCAACUUUCAGACUACUCCUUGCAGAACACGGAGAAACGCGCACCCCAAACAGACAUGGAGCGCGAUUUACAGACGAUCUGGGCAUCUGUGUUAAAGACAUCGGUUGAUAUGAUCGGUAGGGAUGAUAGUUUUCUUGCUAUUGGUGGCGAUUCCAUCGCAGCGAUCAACCUUAUGCAGGAGGCCCGAAGCCAAGGCAUUUCAAUCACUGCGGAUGACGUCUUCAGGCACCCGCAGCUCUUGGAACUUGCAUUACGAGCUCGCAGAGUUGAUGUAAAUUCACUGAGCAGCGCAGAAGCAAAACCCUUCGAACUUCUCACCACGGAAGAGAGCGAGUUCAUCUCGAACGACAUCCAUCGGCUCUGUAAGCUACCAGGAGAUUGUGAGAUCGAAGAUGCUUUCCCUUGUUCACCUCUCCAGGAGGGUCUUAUUUCUCUAUCGGUCAAACAAACGGGAUCAUACAUCACGAAAUAUUUCCUUCGCAUAUCUGAGAACAUCGACCUGCAGAAAUUCAAGGCUGCCUGGGAGCAUGCCGUGCGUCUCAAUGGAAAUCUGAGGACCCGAAUAGUUGCUCCCCAUGGAAGACCAAUUCAGGCGAUAUUCAAGAACGAUUUUGCCUGGGAAUCCGCGGCCGGCAUGGACCUGGUUGCAUUCACGCAAGCCAGCCAGAAGUAUGAAAUGUCAUUUGGAGAUCCUCUCAAUCGCUACGCAAUCAUUACUGAAGACUCCGGAAAGUCAUAUUUCGUCUGGGUUGCGCAUCAUUCAGUGAUUGAUGGCUGGUGCCUGCAGCUCGCUUUCAGGACUCUGUAUGAGUCUUACUGGGGAGAGGCAAUUACCAAGCUGCCCAGCUAUGCAACCUUUAUUAAACAUACUAUCGACCAGGACGUUGAUGCAGCUGCGUCUUUCUGGGAGCAGCAGUUGGAAGGGGCUACUCGAGCUAUCUUCCCAAUCUCUCCGGCAAAUAAUAGUAAACCAACCUUCGCAUUUAAACGUCAUAAAAUCUUGACGAAUGCUAAACACAGUGAGGGUUCAGUUACCAAGGCCACAAUGCUGAGGGCUGCCUGGUCAUUGGUCCUAGCUCGCCAUUGCAACACCCGUGAUAUUUGCUUUGGUGCCACAGUCUCCGGAAGAAGUGCUGCUGUUGAUGGAUUGCAGGACAUGCCAGGGCCUGCAAUCGCCACCAUUCCAGUUCGCAUAAAGAUCAUUGAUUGUGAAAAAGUGAAGCAAUUCUUGACGUCAGUGCAGAAUCACGCGACCGAUAUGGGCUCGUAUGAGCAAUUCGGGCUUCAGAACAUUGCCAGGAUCAAUGCAUCGGCGAGGGAAGCUUGCCAGUUCUCCAGCCUGAUGGUUAUUCGGCCAAAGGAGUUCAUCUCAGGAGACGAUAGUCGUACCAUUCUCGAAGCUGACCAGGCUAUCGAUAUCACUGAGAAUGAAAUGGUCAAUUAUUUCAAUUAUCCGCUCAUCUUGGAGGCCGACAUCGCCGAUAACCAUAUUGGCAUUCGGCUUGCCUACGAUGUCAAGGCCAUGUCAGCAGAGUUGACCGAGGCUAUUGCUCAUCAGCUUGACACAGUUAUGCAGCAGUUGGCAAGCCAUCCCUUGAAGUCUAUCAGCGAAAUAUCUCUUGUUGAUGACUGGGACAAAGAACACGCCUUGCGUCACCAGAACUUGAAGCCGUCUACUGAUCUAUGCAUCCAUGAAAUGAUCCGGGCUCAAAUUAAGAAGACGCCAAAGCUCCCUGCAGUCACCUCUUGGGACGGAGACAUGACAUACGCGGAAUUGGGUUCCUACGCUGAGCGACUCGCGUCAAGGCUCAGCUCUCUUGGCGUUGGGCCCGAGGUUAUCGUGGGUAUUUGCUUCUCUAAAUCAAUAUGGGCAGUCGUUUCAAUGAUCGCUAUCAACAUGGCAGGGGGAGCAUUCGUUCCUCUGGACACAGCUGCUCCAGUGUCUCGUUUGAAGGGCAUCUUGGAGGAUACUGGUUCAUCUAUGCUGUUGUUCGCACCAGAACACAAAAAACUAGCUACUUCUCUCGGGGUUUCGGCUCACGCUAUUGAUCAGCGUACGAUCCUCGAUCUGAGUGAGCCUAGCCACCCAGUCACUUCUGGCGUCUCCCCUGAGAAUGCUAGCUUCGUGAUGUUCACAUCAGGUUCCACCGGCAAGCCCAAGGGGAUGAUCUUUGAGCAUCGGAACACAUGCUCGACAUCGAACAGCCACGGCGCUAUCCAAGAUUGGGGCCCUGGCACCCGGGUUUUCAGCUACUCUAUGUAUACAUUUGACAUUGGUAUUAUUGACGUUAUGGUGUCGCUCUCGCGAGGCGCGUGCUUGUGCAUUCCAUCCGAGUGGGAGCGUUAUAAUGACAUCCACGGAGCUAUUAACAGGAUGAAGGCCAACUGGUCCUUCUUCACACCUACUCUUGCUGGGUUAGUCAACCCGAUAGAGAUACCAACAAUAGCUCAUGUCGGUUUGGGCGGCGAGAAUGUGACCAAGCAAGUUGUUGAUAGGUGGAGAGGCCAUGCCACGCUUCACAACCUUUACGGACCAGCAGAAGCAUCUAUUUGCGGUUGGCUUGCUGACGUAGGCAUUGUCUCAAAGCCUAGUAAUAUUGGAGUACCGUCGUCUUCCGCUUGGUGGGUUGUUGAGCCUGAUAAUGCUAAGCAGUUUGUGCCAAUUGGAUGUGUUGGAGAACUACUAAUCCAAGGCCCCAUGAUGGCCCGGGGUUAUAUCAACCCAGACAAGGCGUCGGCCCAGGCGUGGCUACGGGACGUGGAUUGGUUGCCAGGCAGCGUGCCUAACAAAGCCUACCUCACCGGUGACCUUGUUCGCCGCCUCGAAGACGGUACAUUUGAAUACAUGGGCAGAAAAGACACCCAGGUUAAGCUUCAUGGGCAGCGCGUUGAGCUGGGAGAGAUAGAAACGCGUCUCACGAUGAGUCUUACCCACGAUAUGGGUUGUGUGGUUGAUACCAUGGUCAAUGAGAGUGAUAUGACCAACACGUUGGUCGCCCUUCUCUGGUACACAAGCGGAAAGCUUUCGCAAGCUCAGGACCUAAAUAUCCUCAACGAGGUGACAGAGGACAUGAAGGUGAUGAUUACCGAUCUGGAAUCUUCUUUAAGUGAAGAAUUGCCUCCUUACAUGGUCCCCAGUGUUUAUUUGAUCUUCCAGGGCAUGCCAGAGCGGAAGAGUUCAGGGAAGAUCGAUAGACGUAAGCUUUGCUACAUUGCCAAGCACACUUCAGCCAAGCAGAGGCUUCAGUUCUCGCCUGGAGGUGGCAGCCGGGAGCAACCGGUUUCAGAGCAGGAGUUUCAACUUCGUGAUCUGUGGGCUGAGGUUCUCCAAAUCGAUGGGAACGAUAUUGGUAGACACGACAGCUUCCUGAAGGCAGGGGGAGACUCCAUCAGUGCGAUCAAGCUUGUUACGAUCGCACGUCAAUCAGGUUUGUCCCUGGACGUUGGCGCCGUAUUCCGUGACCCCCGGCUUUCGGCAAUGUCUGCUGCUGCUACCCCGAUGAAGGAGGAGUCAAAGAAAGAUCUUGACCCGUUCGUUUUGAUGGGAGAUAAUGCUGAACGUGCUCUUGUGGAAGCGGUGACAAGAUGUGGUCUCCGUGACUCCAGUCAAAUUGAUGAUAUCUACCCUUGUACAGCAUUCCAGACCGGCUUAAUGGCACUCACAGUCAAAGAACCUGGCUCGUACAUCGCUCAUCAUUCAUUCCGACUACCGAAACAAGUUGAUGUGGCAGCUUUCAAGUCUGCCUGGGAGCGAACUAUGGAGUUGUGCCCCAACAUGCGAACACGAAUCGUCCAAUUCCAAGGCUCUGCCGUUCAAGUCAUUGUCAACGGUAGUUGUGCAUGGGAAGAGCUUGACUUCAACCCAUCUUCUAGUUCGAAGAGCAAUGGAUUAGGCAAGGUGACGAUGACGUAUGGCCAGCCUCUCAAUAGAUACUGCCUCCAUAAGGAUCAGGAGGGCGUCACAUACUUCCUUUGGCUCAGCCACCACACCGUUUUCGACGGCUGGACUAUCCGGGUCAUUAUGGACUCGUUCCAUCGCCUCUAUAGGAACGAACCAGUGGCUAGAAACGGACUUUACAACUCUUUUAUUGAAUACACUCUUCGGGCAAGCGAAGAGGCAAACGAGGUCUUUUGGGAGAGACAGCUUGAUGGUGCUCGGCGAGCAUCGUUCCCGCCUAAGCCAACCUCCGGCGCCAGCGAAACGCACAUGUUCAACAAGCAGCUAGUCUUCUCCGAAUCCCGAAAGGGAGAUGUUACUCGAGCUACGGUUCUGCGUGCUGCAUGGGCUCUGGUUCUGGCUCGAUAUUCUGACACAGAUGAUAUCACAUUUGCAGCGUCAGUCUCUGGUCGUAAUGCCCCAGUGAGAGGAAUUGAGACGAUACCCGGUGUGAUGGUCGCAACUGUUCCUAUUCGUGUUCGAAUGGAUCCCGAGCAACGCGUGAGCAGAUUCUUGGAAGAGAUUCAAAACCAGUCAACUGAGAUGAUGGCUUAUGAGCAAUUUGGUCUGGACAAGAUCGCAAAAGUGAGCGGCGACGCCAAAGAAGCCUGUGAUUUCUCCAGCUUGGCUGUCAUCCAGCCUGUCCAACAACUGCAUAUCUCAAAGUCAGACUGCGGGGAGCUUCUCAUCCCUGUUGUUAAUGAGGAGGAGGGCAUGCAGAGGUCCCUUCAAGGGUAUUUUACAUAUCCUCUGGUUUUGCAGUGUGCUUUGGAUGAUAAAGAAGUCCACUUGAGUCUGAUUUUCGACUCCAAGACCCUGCAGAGAGGAACAAUCGAGGCUAUUGCAAACCAAUUCGAGCAUGUCAUGCAGGGACUCCUUGCGAACAACAGCCAGAAGCGAUUGGGUGAUUUAUCAAUGGUUUCUCCAUGGGACGUGGAAACUGCCAUCUCUCGCAACCCAGUGCCUGAAGUCUCUAACGAGUGUAUGCACCAUGUUGUUGAGCGUUUGGCGGCAGAGUCACCGAACAAACAAGCAGUUUACGCAUGGGACGGAUCACUGACGUAUUAUGAACUGAAUAGUGCAGCUAAUAAGCUCGCUCACUUCUUGGUCAACAGCUAUAAUGUCAAGACAGGUGACGUUGUUCACGUCAGUAUGCAAAAGUCGAAAUGGUAUAUGGUUGCGAUUCUCGCUGUGAACAAGGCUGGUGCUGCCUUUUCACCCAUUGACCCCGAGCAUCCACUCCAACGUAAACAGAAGGUUAUUCAGACAACUGGAGCCAAGGUCUUGCUAUCUUGCAGUAAAUUUGCGCCAGCCUGCCUGGAGCUCAUGGACAGUGUUAUCCAAAUCGACGAUGGUCUCGAGUCUCGAUUGCCAAACACAUCUAGAGGUCCACGAGUCAAUGUUUCGCCAAGCGAUGCCUCGUAUAUUCUCUUUACGUCUGGAAGCACUGGAACGCCCAAAGGAUUUAUUAUGGAGCACGGAGCUUUGUGCUCAUCAGCGCAAGCUAUCGCUAAACGUCUUUCUCUGGGAGCAUCUCCUCGCAUUCUCCAGUUUGCUAAUGUCAUCUUUGAUUUUUCUAUUGGUGAAAUCUUUCAAGCUAUCUUCAAUGGCGGCUGUAUCUGUAUACCGUCCGACCACAUGAGAAUGAACAACAUACAAGAGUUUGUACGAAGUGCUCGUGUUAACUGCGUUUCUCUAACCCCUUCGUUCAUAUCUACCCUUAGUCCCGAGCAAGUUCCUGGCCUGGAGAUCAUGAUCUUCGCGGGAGAGAAGGUACCACAAGACCUAUUUAAUCGAUGGUUCGGAAAGGUCCGCCUGAUCAAUAUGUGGGGGCCUGGAGAGACAUGUUUCAGCAGCUCGACCCAUGAAUUCACAUCUCCAGAAGAAUACACCGAUACUAUUGGACGACCAGUAGGCUCAUGCUGCUGGAUAGUCGACCCGGAGGACCCUGCUAAGCUAGCACCGAUAGGAACCGUUGGUGAGGUCUUAAUUCAGGGCCCGACUCUUCUGCGCGAGUAUCUUGGCGACCCAGUCAGGACCAAAGAGACUAUUCUCGAUACUCUUCCUUCAUGCGCACUAGAUGGACAGAGACAGCGGUUUAAUCGGGGUUACCGGUCUGGUGAUCUUGCAUACUACGAUUCAUCAGGAAAUCUACGUUUUGUCAGUCGCAAAGACACUCAGGUCAAGAUAAGAGGUCUGCGUGUUGAACUGGGCGAGAUAGAGCAUAAUCUCCUCAUGAGCUUAGAGGGAGCUAAGCAAGUCGCGGUCGAUGUCCUCCGAAGCGGAGAAGCAACUAGUCUCGUAGCCUACUUCUCAUUUUCCAAUGAAAAGUAUCCUGCUUCGGACGAGAAAUCGCAAACCGGCGAGAUGUUUGCCCAAAUCACAGCAGAUUUAAAGCCGAGAUUGUUGAAGCUCGUGGGCGCUUUGAAACUUAUUCUCCCUACGUACAUGGUGCCCUCAACCUUCAUACCUUGUUCGUUCAUGCCAGUGGGCGGGUCGUCAAAGUUGGACAGGAGAACUCUUUUGGCAAACACUCAGCGCUUAAGCAAGGAAGCCCUUCAUCACUAUUCCCUUGUGGACGAUGAGAAGAGGCCCCCCGAGACCUCGAUGGAGAUUCGCAUACAGGGGCUGUGGGCCUCGAUUUUGAAUCUUCCCGCCACAUCUAUUGGUCUGGAUGACAAUUUCUUCCAAGUCGGCGGCGACUCUAUUUCAGCCAUUCAGCUAGUGGCUAAGGCGCGUGAGGUAGGAGUUGAGCUGACCGUUAAGAGUAUCUUUGACGACGCUAGGCUGUUCGCUGUGGCUUCUUCCGCCACUGAGUUCACUGUCAAACAGGACGAGUCUGAGGAGUUGGAGCCUUUUGAUCUCAUUCCCGACCACUUGUUUGAUCUUGAUUGGGAGACUGAGAUAAGAGAAAUGUGCAAGCUUUCCCCAGAUCAAUUACUUGAAAACGUGAUGCCGGUCACCGAGUUCCAGAACGGCUUGAUGGCUCUCACAGUGAAACAACCUGGAUCACAUAUUGCUAAGUGGGUUUACAAGAUUUCCGACCAGAUCAGCACACCUCGAUUCCGAAAUGCUUGGGUGAAAACGGUCAACUCUUGUGGAAACCUCCGAACCCGAAUCGUCCAUCUUGAACAGACCACUCUGCAAGCAGUAGUGGCUGGUGACUUCGCAUGGGAAGACACGACUGGACUAAAUCUAAACCAAUAUAUGGCAUCAAUCAACUUGGCGGACAUGACAUAUGGUACUCGUCUCAACCGGUGGGCUCUUGUCUUGGAUCCGGAUGGAAACAGAUAUUUUGUUCUCAUUUGCCACCAUGCCACAUACGAUGGUUGGACGAUGCGACUUAUGCAUAGGACACUGGCCCAAGCAAUUUCAAGAUCCAAGGGACCUAGUCCCAAGUCGUUCGACAACUUCAUCCGCUACAAUGAGAGCCUCGACCAAGAGGCAAGUCGCAAGUACUGGCGCGAGCAGCUCCAAGGUGCGAUGCCUGCCGCGUUUCCUACGCCGAAGGAAAAGCCAGCUACAGGCAAAACACUAAAGAUCUCAAGGCCCGUUCAAACAUUGGCCUCUCGCCACCCAAACAUUACACAGGCUACGAUCGUAAGGGCUGCCUGGGCUAUGCUGCUUGGCCGGUACUGCGACUCAAAUGAUGUCUGCUUUGGUGCCUCAGUUUCAGGUCGCCAGGCGCCACUAGCUGAAAUCACUGAAGUAGCAGGGCCAGUAGUUGCAACUAUGCCGAUCCGAGUUCACCUAGACCGCGAUCUAUCGACUUCAAGAUACUUGCAGAACAUUCAAGGCCAGGCGACUGAGCUUAUCCAGCACGAACAGUAUGGCCUGCGAAGAAUAAUGCAACUUGGCAAUGACAUUCGGAACGCCUGCAAAUUCUCUAACUUGCUGGUUGUUCAACCGUACGAGAAGAUGGGCGAAGUAGGAAACGAAUCGGAUGAGAUGCUAACCCUAUGCCAAGACUACGAGGGCGCAAAUUCCUCCCUGGAAGGCUACUUCAACUACCCGCUUGUUGUCCAGGCACUUGUCGCUUCAUCUUCCAUUGAACUUCAUGUGACAUACAACUCUGCCCACUUCAAUACCUUGCAAGCAACACGGCUUGUGAACCAACUUGAGCACUAUAUCAGUCUUCUUAUGACUGAGACGACGAAGCCACUGGGGCAACUCUCAUUGGCAGGCUCAUGGGAUGUUAACCAGUCCAUUGAGCUGAACAGCGAGAUUCCCGAGGUUAUAGACGCAACUUUCCAUGGAUUAGUUUCUGAGCAAGCAACAAUCCGACCUGACGCGAUCGCUAUCGAAGCAUCGGAUGCCAAUCUCUCGUACUCGGAAUUAAAUCGACAUAGUGAUUACCUUGCAGAUCACCUAGUCGCAUUGAAUGUUAAAAGAGGCGACUUAGUUCAUGUUUGUUUCGAAAAGUCUGCUUGGCUUUUCGUCUCCAUUCUAGCUAUUAAUAAAGCGGGAGCGGCUUGGGUUCCUCUUGAUCCGGGUCAUCCUAGGCAUCGUCACCAGCAGAUAGUAGCUCAGACCCGUUCAUCACUUAUCCUCACGUCCUCGAAGCAUUUGGAUCUUUGCUCAGGUCUUGUGAAGACUUCUCUGGUGGUCACGUCAGAAUUGAUUGCAGACCUUGCUUCCAGCUCAAAGGCCACUCCUAGCACUCUUGGUAAUAGAUUGAACAGUGUUGCAUCCCCCGUCGAUGCUUGUUACGUGCUGUUCACUUCGGGAAGCACAGGUACACCAAAGGGCCUGGUUAUGCAACAUCGUGCCGCAUGUAGCAGUCAGCGAGCGAUCGGGAACCGCUUGGGGAUGAACCCGAAAGUCAAGAUGCUGCAAUUUGCUGCCUCAGUGUUUGAUGCUUUCAUUGGCGAAACGAUCGCUCCUUUGAUCGCCGGAGCAACAGUUUGUGUUCCUUCAGACUAUGCGCGAUUGAAUUCUCUUGUCAAGUAUAUUCGGGAUUGUAAGGUGAACUGGGCCAUGUUGACGCCCUCCUUCGCUCGUACAAUUAAGCCCGAGUCUGUUCCUUCCAUCAAGUUGCUGAUGCUCACUGGCGAGGCGAUCCCUCGGGAUGUGUUUGAGGCUUGGGUGACAAAGGUCCGACUUAUAAAUGGCUGGGGACCAGCUGAGACCUGUGUGUUUAGCGCUCUACAUGAAUGGACAUCGAUCGAGGAAUCAACAAUGACAAUUGGCAAGCCUGUGGCUUCAUUCUGCUGGCUGGUCAACCCAGCAAACCCUCUGCAACUUGCCCCAACGGGCACACUUGGUGAGGUUAUCAUUCAAGGGCCUACGCUGCUUCGUGAGUACCUCGAUGAUACUAAGAGGACUGCGGAGGCACUUUUGACAGGAAAGCCGAACUGGGCGUAUGACUCUGGCGAAAGAGGAUGGAAUCGUUUCUAUAAAACUGGCGAUCUUUGCUUCUACAAUGACCGGGGCCUGCUGGAGUUUUCAUCACGGAAAGAUACCCAGUUGAAGAUUCGUGGUCAACGUGUGGAAGUCGGGGAAGUAGAGCACCAAAUCAGAACUCUUAUGCCGGAUUUCUCUCAAGUGGCGGUUGAUGCUGUUCGAGGAGAGGGUGGCGUGCAUCUUUUUGCCUACAUCUGCAAUAAUGCCGACACAACGGUUCGAAAGCAGUCAGAGGGCAAUAAUCAUCUGUUCAUGGAGCUUGAUGAUGAUCUUCGCAACCAGAUCGGGGACCUGACCAGACAGCUCCGUGCUCUUUUGCCAUCUUAUAUGAUCCCCAAGGCUAUAAUCCCAUGUGCAUAUAUGCCGUUCAUAACAUCGACCAAGCUUGACCGCAAGACCCUCAACAUAGAGGCAGCAAAAUUGUCUUCAUCACAGAUUGCCGAAUACGCCUUGCAAAACACCGUGAAGCGAAAGCCAGAGACAGAGAUGGAGGUUCUUCUUCAAGGCCUUUGGGCUAAGGUCCUGAAUCUGCCACCAGACAGCAUCGGUAGGGACGAUAGUUUCCUUGCAAUCGGUGGCGAUUCCAUCGCAGCCGUUCAUUUGAUGACCGCUGCCCGCGAGAAGGAAAUUCGAAUUAGUGUUGACGACGUCUUUCGGAGUCCCCAGCUCCUUGAACUAGCUCUUCGUGCCGGCGAAAAAGAGUCUCCCAAGCUCAACGUGCUUGAGAUUCAGCCUUUCGAGCUACUGAAUGAGGAAGAGAAAACAAUGGUUCAGAACGGACGGGUUCAUGAGAUAUGUAACCUUCCACCCAACAGCAUAAUUGAAGACGCCUUCCCAUGCUCCCCUCUACAAGAAGGUCUCAUUUCCCUCGCAGUUAAGCAAACUGGGUCUUACAUCACCAAGUACGUCUUCAAAAUAGACAAGAGCACUGAUUUGAAUCGCCUACGCAAAGCGUGGGAGCGUACUGCUGUAUUAAACGCCAACAUGAGAACAAGGAUCAUAUCGUCAGGAGCACGCUCAGUCCAGGUUCUAGUCAAGGAUGACAUUGAAUGGGAGUCUGCUGAAGGCUUGGAUCUCCAUGCAUUCAUUAAGGUCACCCAAGGCUACAAGAUGGAGUUUGGGUCCCGCCUCAACCGCUUCGCGAUAUUAAAGACGCCUUCAGGCGACUCUUACUUCGUGUGGAUCGCUCACCAUUCUAUUAUGGAUGGCUGGUCCUUUAAUCUUGCGUUCCAGGUUCUCCACGAAUGCUUCUGGGACCAGCAACCUGCAAAGAUUUCGCCUUACGUUGCAUUCAUCAAGCAUACGAUGGAUCUCGAUCACGAUGCCGCGAGCUCAUUCUGGGCCAAGCAGCUGGAAGGCGCCACGAGGCCGCAAUUUCCCUCAACGAGUUCAAAUAACACCCAAGCAACAUUCAGGUUCCUCCAUCAUGAUAUUAACACCUCACGAGUUUCGAAAUCCUCGGUUACGACCGCCACAGUUCUGAGAGCUAGCUGGGCCAUGGUGUUAGCUCGCCACUGUAAUAGUGAAGACGUUUGUUUCGGUGCUACUUUGUCUGGUCGCAACGCCGAUAUCGAAGGCCUUCAGAAUAUGGCUGGCCCAGCUAUCGCCACGAUUCCUGUUCGCGUUCAACUGGACUAUACCUCCACUGUUACUGAGUUUCUACAAGCCAUUCAAGCGCAGGCAACUGAUAUGGCGGUUUAUGAACAGUUCGGCUUGCAAAAAAUCGGCAGGGUUAGUAAUGAUGCAAGAAACGCCUGUCAAUUCUCGACUCUAAUGAUCAUUCGGCCAAGAGAGUCUCACGCUGCUGUGGACGGUCAAAUGAUCUUUGAUAUUAGUGAACACAACACGGUCACAGAAGACGAAAUGGCCCACUACUUCAACUACCCACUUGUUUUGGAGAUGGAUCUUUACCCUGAUCAUACCAAGAUCCGAAUUUGUUAUGAUGAAGCGGCAGUAUCCUCUGAUCUCGCAGAGGCUCUUGUCCACCAGCUGGAAACUGUCACCAAACAGCUUCUUUCAAGCACAUCUCAACGUCUAGACAAAGUCUCUCUUAUCGAUGAGUGGGAUAUUCAAAAUGCGCUGCAGCAUCAGAAGCUUCAAGAUUCAACAAAUGCUUGCAUUCAUGAAAUGAUCCGGACGCAGAUUAAAUCCACACCUAAUGCUCCUGCUCUUACAUCUUGGGAUGGUGAGAUGACUUACUCAGAAGUAGGUUACCAUGCUGAAAUGCUUGCCAGCCAUUUGGCAUCUAUUGGCGUUGGACCAGGCGUCUUUGUUCCAAUCAACUUUUCUAAGUCUGUCUGGGCUGUUAUCUCUAUGCUUGCAGUCAACAUGGCUGGUGGUGCUUUUGUGCCACUGGAUCCCUCCGCCCCAGCUCAGCGCCAACAGGGCAUUCUAAAAGAUACAAAAGCGUCUUUGAUUCUCACGGCUGCGGAGCAUGAACGUGAUACACAUGACCUCGGAAAAAAGGUUCUUGUCAUUGAAAAGGGCAAUAUUCUCAAGAUGUCGAAGUCUUCGUCAAAGCCUGUUCGAUCAAAUGUGACCUUUACCGACCCUAGUCAUAUUAUGUUUACGUCUGGUUCAACUGGAAAACCAAAGGGAAUAGUGUUUGAACACCGAAAUAUCUGCUCUACCUCUGACAGUCAUGGUGUCAUCCAAAAAUGGGGCCCCGGAACGCGUGUCUUCACUUAUUCUGCAUACACGUUUGAUAUAGGGGUUAUCGAUGUUAUGGUUGCUCUAUCGCGCGGUGCAUGCCUCUGUAUCCCCUCAGAAUGGCAACGGUAUAAUGAUAUUCAUGGUGCAAUUAAUACCAUGAAAGCUAACUGGUCUUUCUUCACACCGACUAUGGCUGGAUUAGUGAAUCCUUCCCUAAUUCCAACAAUUAAGAACGUAGGCUUAGGAGGAGAAAAUGUGACCACCCUUGUGGUUGACAAUUGGCGGGGUCACGCAACCCUUCAUAACCUCUACGGACCUGCUGAGGGUUCAAUCUGUGGUUGGAUCGCUGAUGUUGGAAUCGUUUCAAAGCCAAAUAACAUCGGCAUUCCUUCUUCCUCAGCAUGGUGGGUUGUAGAACCAGAUAACCACAGGCAACUUGUUCCAAUCGGAUGUGUCGGUGAGCUCAUGAUUCAAGGACCGAUGGUGGCCCGUGGAUACAUUGGUGUUGAAGAAGAGCUUUGUGCCGCUUGGUUGGAGGAUGUUUCUUGGCUUCCUGGAGAUAUGCCGACCAAGGCGUAUCUCACAGGUGAUCUUGUCCGCCGACUUGGAGAUGGAAACUUCGAGUAUCUCGGACGUAAGGAUACUCAGAUCAAAUUGCAUGGGCAGAGGGUCGAACUCGGAGAAGUCGAGUCACAUUUAGAGGAAAGCCUGCCGUCGGGAAUGAGCUGUGUUGUUGAUGCCAUUUCAGACAAAGAAGCAGGCACCAACACACUCGUUGCUCUCAUGUGGUCUACUGAAUCUGUUUCAAGCAACACACACCUCCAACUAGUUGAAGAUGUCACAGAGGGAACCCGAACACUCGUUUCUCAGCUUGACUCGUCUUUGAAACUUAUUUUGCCUAGCUAUAUGGUCCCUAGCAUGUACUUUAUCUUCGAUGGAGUACCCGAGAGAAAGACAUCUGGAAAGAUUGACAGGCGUAAGCUCUGUUCAAUCGCUCAGGGCGCAUCGGCCAAGGAAAGGCUUAGGUUUUCCCCAGCCAGCCAUGGCUACGAGGCGCCGGUAACCGACCUUGAAUUCAAGAUCCGAAACAUCUGGGCCCAGCUUUUGCGAAUUGAAGCUAGUGAAAUCGGCCGCCAUGAUAGUUUCCUGAGCAUUGGGGGAGAUUCAAUAAGUGCCAUUAGAUUGGUAACUGUUGCCCGUGAGAAUGAUCUCGCUCUGGAUGUUAAGACAAUUUUCGAGGAUCCAAGGCUCUCUGCAGUCGCAGCUUCCUGCCGGCCGGCGGCCAACACUCUAUCCAAAAACCCCGAUCCAUUCAGCUUAUUGGAACAAAAUGAAACACAGGCUCUGAUGGAGACAGUUAAAGCACAGGCCAAUAUUACUGACAAGGAACGAAUCGAGGACGUUUUUCCUUGUACCCCACUUCAAUCUGGUCUGAUGGCUUUAUCAGUGAAGCAGCCAGGUUCCUACAUCGCCAAGCGAGCGUUCAAGAUGAGAAAGAACAUUGACUUAAACGCUUUCAGGAAGGCGUGGGAAGGCACAGCUGAUAUUUGCAGCUGUCUCCGGACCAGAAUUGUGGACGCUGAGGGAAGAGCCUUCCAAGCCGUUAUCAGAGAUGAUGUUGACAUCGAAACUUUGUCCAAUAAGUCGAGCUUAGAGAUUCUCCAGAAAACCUCCAGCACAGUUUCAAUGACUUAUGGCUCAAAGUUGAACAGAUUCUGCCUUGGCCAAGACGAAUUAGGCAUCAACUAUUUCUUCUGGGUCAGCCACCAUAGCGUCUUCGAUGGAUGGAGCGUUUCUAUCAUCAUGAGAAUCUUGAGGCAGUUGUAUGACAAUGUGCCAAUAUCAACACUGAGGUCUUACCCGACGUUUAUUGAGUACACGAUGCAGUCUACGCAAUCGGCAGCGAAGAGCUUUUGGGAGCAACGUCUACAGGGAGCUAACCGUACACGUUUCCCACCCACACCUUCUGGUAGCACUGGAAAGGGCAACAAUGCGAGCAGAAACUUUAGCAAGACCUUGGCUCUGGCAAAAUCCAAAUCAUCAUCCAUCACUCAGGCUACUUUGCUACGUGCUGCCUGGGCAGUGCUUUUGGCAACUUACAGCGAGACAGAUGAUGUCACAUUUGGAAUCACUGUUUCCGGGCGCAACGCCCCAAUAGAUGGAAUCGAGGAUAUAGCUGGUCCGAUGAUUGCCACUUCCCCCGUCCGUAUACAGCUGGAUAGCAAUAAGUCAAUCGAGAAGUUCCUCCAGGAAGUUCAAACACAAGCGAAUGAAACAAUUCCCUAUGAGCAGUUUGGUCUGCAAAACAUCUCAAAGAUCGGGCCUUCUCACAAGGAGGUUUGUGAUUUCUCCAGUUUGAUCGUUAUGCAGCCAGGAAACAAGGUCGGUCUAAUGACUGGUGAAUCGGAUGACCUCCUUACAAUGGCAGAAUUGGAACGAGGCGCAGCUGAGCAAACGCUUCAGGAUUACUUCAACUACCCUAUCGUCAUGCAAGGCAUGAUGAUUGGUGACCAAAUUCAUCUAGCCUUUACUUACAACAAUGAAAGCUUGAAAGAAAUCCAAGUCGAAGCCUUGGCUCACCAACUUGAGCAAAUACUUAAUGAAUUCUCCCACCAAAGCCGUCAUAAAUCCAUCAAAGAUAUACGACUCAGUUCGCCGUGGGAUGUGGAAACGGCCUUGCUUCGCAACCCUGCUCCAGAGGCGGUUCAGCUAUGUGCCCACCAUGUUGUUGAACGGCACGCCAGGGAAUCGCCCGACUCACCCGCGGUACACGCUUGGGACGGCGAUCUGACUUACAAAGAGUUGAACGAUAUGGCCAAUCGAUUCGCUUCUCACCUCAUCAACAAGUACGCUGUGCAAGUCAAGGAUAUUGUCCACGUUUCCUUUGACAAGUCGAUGUGGUAUUUCGUUGCAAUCCUUGCUAUACAUAAAGCCGGGGCCGCAUUCUCUCCUAUAGACCCGACUCACCCAACCCAGAGGAAACAUCAGAUCAUCGAGCAAACGAAAGCGAAGGUCAUGAUUGUCUCCGCAGGUCUUGCAAGUACAGCCUCUCAUUUGACCAAGCACACCAUCGAGCUCACAGCUGCACUAUGCAAGACACUUAGUAUAGAUACCGACAAACUGUCAGCUAUAAAAGUGUCACCUGAUAAUCUCGCAUACGUACUGUUUACAUCAGGUAGCACAGGACUACCAAAGGGGUUCUUAAUGGAGCACCGCUCUCUGUGCUCAGCGCAAAAUGCCAUUGGGACCAGGGUCGGGCUUACUCCUGAAGCUCGAGUCCUCCAGUUUGCCAAUUUCGUCUUUGAUUUCGCAAUCGGAGAGAUCUUUUUGGCACAAUGGUGCGGAGGAUGUAUCUGCGUGCCGUCAGAGAAAACGAGAAUGAACAACAUCCCUGAAUUUAUUCGUUCAGCACGAGUAAACAGCGGAUUUUUGAGCCCAUCUUUCACCCAAACCUUGGUGCCCGAGGACGUUCCAUCCUUGAAUCUUCUUAUUCUGGCUGGAGAAGCAGUGCCACGCGAUCUGAUGGAGAGAUGGUUCGGAAAGGUCCGUCUCCUGAAUGGCUGGGGUCCUGGAGAAACGUGCGUUGUCAGCUCUAUUCAUGAAUAUAAGUCAUUGGAUGACUCGCCAACAACCAUUGGCCGCCCAGUUGGCAGUUAUUGCUGGGUUGUGAACCCAGAUGACUCGAGUAAGCUGGCACCCAUCGGAACAAUCGGUGAGAUAAUGGUCCAAGGUCCUACAGUAUUACGCGAAUACCUUGGAGCACCCGAGAAGAACAGGGCUUUGAUCUCUUCCACUCCACCAGAGUGGUCGCCGAACCAGCAUGAUCAGUAUUUGAGGCGUUCUUUCAAGUCCGGUGAUCUCGCUAGAUACAAUGCAGAUGGUGUUCUUGAGUUUAUCAGCCGAAAAGAUACGCAGGUCAAAGUCCGCGGCUUACGAAUAGAGCUUGACGAAAUCGAACAUAGCAUUUCUGCAAACUUGCAAGGAGUGUCCCAAGUGGCAGUUGGUGUCUUCAAGUCCCAUGGCGCGACUAACCUUGUGGCGUAUAUUUCUUUCUCAACGGCAAAACUGCUAUCAGAUGACAUGGCAAGUUCAUCACCAUUCCUAGAUAUUUCAUCAGAGCUGGCGGGCAAGCUCACGGCAUUAGUUAGCCAGCUGAAGCUAUUGCUCCCAUCGUAUAUGGUCCCGGCAAUGUUCGUCCCCUGCAGCUUCAUGCCAAUCAACAAGUCUUCCAAACUUGAUCGAAUUCUUUUGACCCGGCAAACUUCUGAGCUAUCUAUUGAUCGCAUCCGUCAUUAUUCCCUUCUUGACACUGUGGUCAAGAGAGGACCGGAAACAGCAAUGGAGAGCCGCAUGACAGAACUCUGGGCGUCUGUUCUUGAGCUACCAACAGAGUCUAUUUCUCGUGAUGAUAAUUUCUUACAAAUUGGUGGAGAUUCAAUCUUGGCAAUUCGUCUCGUGAAUAUGGCCCGGGAGGCUGGCAUCGAAAUAGAAGUGCAACAGAUCUUCGACGACCCGCGUCUCUGCAUGAUAGCUUCCCGGGCUGUUGCGAUCGACACUGUCAAGGACCGAAACAUUGAACUGGAGCCUUUUGAUCUGCUCCCCAAGCACCUUCAAGAGUUUGAUUGGGAGACCGAGGCGUUAGAGCUGUGUGACCUGUCAGACGAGGAAGAGAUUGAAAACGCCAUGCCUGUUACAGCCUUCCAAGAAGGACUCAUGUCGCUUUCUGUCAAACAGCCAGGAUCUCAUAUUGCGAGAUGGGUGUAUAAACUGUCGAAGUCUACGGAUGUCAAGAAGUUUAGGAAGGCAUGGGGAAGAACUGUUCGUUAUUGUCGCAACCUGCGUACACGUAUUAUCAACAUCUCAAAUACAGCACUCCAGCUUGUGCUAGUGAACGACACGGAAUGGGAAAAGACAAAGGGGAUGGACCUUAAUCAAUUCAUGGCCCAGCACAAAAAUAUCAACAUGACUCUCGGCACUCGCCUCAACCGCUGGGCCAUGGUAGAAUCAAACGGCGAUAACUACUUCGUCCUCAUCUGCCAUCAUGCUACAUACGAUGGAUGGACCAUGCGGCUUAUGCUGCAAACAUUGACUGAGGCAUACAACCAAGUCAAUGGGCAAGUUCCAAAGACUUUUGAUUACUUCAUCCGAUACACUGAAAGCAUGGACCGUGAUGCCGCGAGGCAGUACUGGCUUGACCAGCUUCAGGAUGCUAAAUCGGCAAGGUUCCCCAGUAUGAAGCGCAACUAUAAGAGCAGUUCGGCGCAUGUGAUGCAAAAAACCUUGAGUCUAUCAGCUUCUUCGCACUCCUCCAUCACUCAGGCUACACUUGUGAGAGCUGCUUGGGCUUUGCUGCUGUCUAGGUACUGUGAAACGGACAGUGUAUGCUUUGGUACAACGAUCUCUGGCCGGCAGGCGCCUGUACACAAUAUCAGUGACAUUUCAGGUCCUCAUGUCACCACGUUACCCAUUCACGUUCGACUAGAUCAAGCUACUUCCGUUGCAAAGUACCUACAGCAAGUGCAAAAUCAAUCCACAAAGAUGAUCCCUUAUGAGCAAUAUGGGUUGCAAAAUAUUCUCAAACUCGGCCCCAGUAUCCGUGAAGCCUGUACAUUUUCCAGUUUGUUGGUUAUCCAACCUUACGAGAACAUGGCCAAGGUCGGAAGUGACUCAGAAGCUCUGUUCACCCAGCACGACUAUAAUGAUGGCGAGUCUUCCAUGGAAGAUUACUUUACGUACCCUCUCGUCGUUCAGGCGCUUGUUUCGUCCUCGGUGUUGACUCUCAACAUUACUUACGAUGUUGGCGAACUCACUGAAUUCCAGAUCACUGCCCUUGUUCACCAGCUCGAGCACAUAAUGGAUAUCUUAUGCACCGAGACAACGAAGCCGUUGGCUGAUCUUUCCUUUGCAAGUUCCUGGGAUGUGGAACAGGCUUUAGCACUCAAUGAUAUUCCAGAAGUGACUGAUGCCACCUUCCAUGACCUCGUCUCAGACCAGGCACAGCUGAAUCCAGACGCUGUCGCGAUUGAAGCAUGGGAUGGUGUAAUGACAUACAAAGAGCUUGACCUCAGCUCAGGCUAUCUAGCCUCACACUUGCGAUCUCGAUUCGACAUUCAGCUGGGUGAUCUCAUACAUGUUUGUUUCGAGAAAUCGCUUUGGUAUUUUGUUACAAUCCUAGCUGUCAAUAAAGCUGGUGGAGCAUGGGUUCCUCUAGACCCCUCACAUCCCAUUAAACGCCAACAAGACAUAGUAAAGCAAACGGGAUCCCGUCUCAUCCUCACAUCAAAACUACAUUCUGGCCUAGCUUCCAGUCUCGAUGCGGAAGCAGUGGAGGUUACGGCAGAGCUCCUGAAGUCUGUAAGCUCGAACGGGCUGACUCCUCAUACAUCAGUGAACAUCGCCUCUCCUACUCAUGCUUGCUAUGCCCUUUUCACAUCUGGUAGUACCGGAACACCAAAGGGGUUCGUCAUGGAGCAUCAUGCUAUAUGCACCAAGGAGAGACUUGUUGCCAAGCACCUAGGCCUAACACCGGGCGUAAAAAUGCUACAGUUUUCGUCCUUUGUUUUUGAUCUCUCGAUCGGAGAGAUUAUCAACCCAUUGAUCAGCGGUGCUACGGUAUGCGUUCCAUCGGAAGAGAUCCGAAUGAACGAUUUGACUUCCUUCAUCCGAUCGAAGCAGAUCAGCUGGCUCUACCUGACCCCAUCGUUUGCUCGAACGAUAAAACCAGAAACAGUACCCUCUGUUGAAUUGUUAGUGCUCGCAGGUGAGGCAGUUCCUAGAGAUGUGUUUGAGAUGUGGGUAGGCAAGGUUCGCGUUCUCAACGCCUGGGGCCCAGCCGAGACUGUCUGUCUCAGCACUCUGCACGAAUGGACCUCCAAGGACGAAUCGCCUCUAACGCUCGGAAGACCUAUUGGUGUUUUGUGCUACAUCGUAGACCCUUCAAACCCGUACAAGUUAUGUCCAGUUGGCACGAUGGGCGAGGUAAUGAUUCAGGGCCCUGCGCUCCUCCGUGAGUACCUGGCUGACCCCAAGAAAACGGCCGAAACUACCGUAAGCGAUUUACCGUCGUGGGCUUAUCGCGGUAAUAAAUCCUGGAAUCGUUUCUACAAGUCAGGUGACAUUUGCUUUCAAAAUGCUCAAGGUCUUCUCGAAUUCUCGAGUCGCAAAGACACCCAAGUCAAGAUUCGAGGUUUACGUGUUGAGCUUGGCGAAGUUGAACACCAGUUACAAUCAAUAUUACCGGGUGCCUGUCAGGUUGCGGUCGAUGUUCACUCUGCCGAGUCAGGCAAAUGCCUCGUGGCGUAUGUUUGCUUUAGCAUGGAAAGUAAGCCGACCACUUCGCUCGACCAGAGUGACCUCGAGGAAAUGUUCGCUUCCAUUGACGAAGACCUGCAUGGCCAAAUGUCUGCUUUGUCGGGAGAGCUUAAAGUGACGCUUCCACGAUAUAUGGUCCCGACGUAUUUCAUUCCCUGCAGCUUCAUGCCGCUCAUGACCUCCUCGAAAAUGGACAGGAAGCUUUUAAAAGCCCAGACCAUGGCGUUGAAUCUUGAGCGUCUUGCUGAAUACUCAUUACAGUCACAGCACAAGCGUCCAGCAGAGACUGCAAUGGAAAAGGCUAUGCAAAAAGUCUGGUCUCAAGUGUUGAAGAUCGCGCCCGAGGAGAUUGGGCUCGAUGAUAGCUUCCUGGCUCUGGGCGGCGAUUCAAUCACGGCCAUAUACGCUGUCUCUGCCGCUCGCGAGGCUGGCAUAAAAAUAGCGGUACACCAGAUUUUCAAAGAUCCUCGGCUUUUCAUGGUCGCCUCGGAGGCGAUUGCAGACCUGGGAGGUGACUCUCAAAGCAUAGCUCCAUUUGAAUUACUUCCGCGGGAUUUGGAUACCUCUGAAUGGGAGAGCGAAGCGAGAACAGUAUGUUCGUUAUCAUCAACAGACCAUAUAGAAAACGCAAUGCCCGUGACUUCGUUCCAGGAGGGAUUGGUGGCUAUUUCCGUACAGCAGCCAGGGUCAUACAUCGCACGAUGGAUUUACAGGAUAUCCGACGACACUGAUCUAGGUCGCUUCAAAGAAGCUUGGAUUAGCACUCUUCGUACGUGUGCAAACCUAAGAACUCGAAUCGUUCGUAUCGGCCAGGCUACUCUUCAGCUUUCGAUUAAGGAUGACUUUGAGUGGGAAAACACCGAGGGCCUGACUAUACAAGAUUAUUUGACUAAGGUUGAUGAUAUGACUAUGACUCUAGGAUCGCGGCUUGGUCGUUGGGCCAUCGUUGGAGACGACUUUGAUGCCAAGGACAAAUAUUUUGUUCUCGUUCUUCAUCAUGCAGUGUAUGAUGGCUGGGCACUCCAACUGAUCCUCCGAAUCUUCGCUUCCUACUAUCACGGUAGUGAGAUGCCAGCCCCAAAGUCGUUUGAUCAUUUUAUCAAAUACACAGAAAGCAUAGAUCUACAAGAAGCUUCUCAGUACUGGGCCAAGUCGUUGGGAGGUGCAAAAUGUGCCACGUUCCCACGAACUUCAGACGGUGCUGCCGGAGCCAAAGUCAACGUCAUGAACAAGACUAUCACUCUCCAACCAUCUGCUCAUCGCUCCAUCACCAAAGCCACUAUUAUGAGAGCAGCUUGGGCCUUGGUCCUAGCGCAAUAUUGCGAGACGGAUGAUAUUUGUUUCGGCACAUCUGUGUCUGGCCGUCAGGCACCAGUAUCGGACGUCACCAAUAUUCUAGGCCCUGUUGUUACGACCCUUCCAGUUCGUGUGUUAUUGGAUGGACACGCUUCCAUUUCUUCUUUCUUGCAGAAGAUCCAGUCACAGGCUACUGAAAUGAUACCGUACGAACAGUAUGGCCUACAAAACAUCUUCAAACUGGGUGAAGAUAUUCGACAAGCCUGCACGUUUUCUAGUCUUUUGGUGAUCCAGCCAUAUGAGAAAAUGUCAGAAGUCGGAAGCCAAUCGACAGCCAUGAUGAUUCCCUCCAUGGCCGGCAGGGACAAGUCACAAGCCAUGGAUGGAUAUUUCACGUUCCCUCUAGUUGUUCAAGCUCUACUGUCGGACACUCAAAUCGAUCUCAACAUAACGUACAACUCAGCUCAUUUGACCGAAGGUCAGAUGACAGGUUUGAUCAGUCAACUGGCCCAUGUUAUUGAAGGUCUAAAUGCUGAAACAACCACCGCGUUGAGAGACCUGUCUAUAACGAGCCCCUGGGAUGUAGAGAUGUCCUCUAGGCUCGCUCACAAUGACGUUGAAAUUGUCAACUCGACAUUCCACGAUCUAUUUGCCAAGCAGGUCAGGAUACGCCCUGAUGCUAUUGCAAUCCGUGCAUGGGAUUUCACCUUCUCUUAUAGUGAAGUCGAGCGCUAUACAAACUCCCUCGCGGCACACCUCGUUCACUCUUUUAAGGUUCAAAAGGGCGACUUAGUUCACGUUCGCUUUGAAAAGUCGGCUUGGUAUUUUAUUUCUAUCUUGGCAAUCAAUAAAGCAGGAGCUGCUUGGGUGCCACUUGAUCCUUCGCAGCCUCAACAGCGGCAGCAACAGAUCGUCUCGCAAACAAAAUCGACCUUGAUUCUGACGUCUCGAAGACACGCAAAGAUGUCAUUGAAGCUUAUUGACCGAGUUCUUGAAGUUGAUUCAAAGUUCAUGGCAAAGCUUCCCAAAAAGAGCGUCAAGUCUCUUUCCUCACCAGGGGAUGCUUGUUAUGUUAUCUUCACCUCUGGAAGUACUGGCGUGCCAAAAGGAUUCGUUAUGGAACAUCGGGCAGUCUGUACAAGUCAGACAGAGAUUGCAAGUAGGUUAAACUUGGACCAGGAUGUCAACAUGAUCCAAUUUGCCUCCUUCGUAUUUGAUCUCUCGAUUGGUGAGAUUAUUGGGCCCCUGAUCAUGGGAGCGACGGUUUGUGUUCCUUCCGACGAGAUGCGAAUGAGCAACCACGACUUAGUCUCUUUCAUCAACGAGACUAACGUCACAUGGUUCUAUCUUACGCCCUCUUUUGCGCGGUCUAUCAGACCAGAGUCUGUUCCGUCUCUGAAACUCUUACUUUUCGCUGGCGAGGCAGUUGGACGAGAUGUUUUUGAAACAUGGGUUACAAAGGUUAGAUUGAUCAACGGAUGGGGCCCAGCAGAGACCUGCUGCUUUAGUGCUAUCCACGAGUGGACUUCAGUUAAUGAGUCUCCACUGACAAUCGGAAGACCAGUGGGAUCACAGUGCUGGAUCGUGUCUCCGGAUGAUCCUACAAAGCUUGCUCCAGUUGGAACGUUAGGAGAGGUUUUGAUUCAGGGACCAACUUUGCUUCGCGAAUACUUAGGUGACCCUAAGCGAACUGCGGACACUAUUCUGAAGCACAACCCAAGCUGGGCUUCCAACUCCGGUUCAGAACAUUGGCAGUCUUUUUACAAAUCCGGAGAUCUCUGUUCAUGGAACUCGCAGGGCCUGCUAGAAUACUACUCUCGAAAGGAUACACAGGUCAAGAUCCGUGGGCUGCGUGUCGAACUUAGCGAAGUUGAGCAUAAUAUUCUCUCUAACCUGCCCGAGUCUUGCCAGGUCGUAGUCGGUCUGCUUGAAUGCGAGAUAGGUAAACAUCUUGCUGCCUAUGUUUGUCUGUCCAAUUCGACACGCUCACCUGGAGAGGGACUUGAUUAUGAUGACCUCUUCUCGGACCUCGAUUCAAGCCUUAACAAACAGUUCACUGAGAUUAUUGGCAACCUGGGAGCUAGCCUACCAAAAUAUAUGAUUCCUAGUCUCUUUAUCCCCUGCAGUUAUAUGCCAGUUGUAACAUCUUCCAAACUGGACCGAAGAACUUUGCAGAACGAAGCAAUGAAGCUGAAUCGAAACCAAUUAGAGAUUUAUGCCUUGAAAACAACCGAAAAGCGCUCCCCAGAGACUGAGAUGGAAAGGCAUAUGCAAGAAAUCUGGGCAAAGGCAUUGAAUCGUCCUCUGGACACGAUUGGCUGCGACGACAGCUUUCUUGUGUUAGGAGGAGAUUCGAUAACAGCCAUCAACGCCGUAUCAAUUGCUCGUGAAGCUGGUAUAUUGUUCACAGUGAACGAUAUAUUCAAGGACCCCCGUUUGUGCUCCGUUGCCUCUGUGGCUUCCAACCUAGAACCAGGGGAAGAGCAAGAAGAGAUCAAACCUUUUGACCUGCUUCCUAAGCGAUUAGCUAGUACUUCUUGGGAAGAGGAGGCCAGACAGAUAUGUGAAAUAUCGCCAGAUGUGAACAUUGAAAAUGCCAUGCCUGUCACGCCCUUCCAGGAAGGGCUCAUGGCCCUCUCCGUUAAGCAGCCCGGCUCGUAUAUUGCCAAAUGGGUUUAUAGUAUACCAGACGGAGUGGAUAUCAAUCGCCUCAAGGCCGCAUGCGAGAACACGGUCAACGUCUGCGGCAAUCUUAGGACAAGACUCGUCAGCGUUUCUCAGAUGACCUUACAACUUGUUCUGCAAGAGAAGCUCUCAUGGGAGCAGCCCGGUAUUGCCGAAAUCGAAGAAUAUAUGGAUGAGAUUGGCCAAAUGACCAUGACAUACGGUUCAAGACUCAGUCGUUGGGCCCUGAUUCAAGAGCCCUGUGGAAAAUCCUACUUGGUUCUCGUGGCCCAUCAUGCCAUCUACGAUGGAUGGACCUUGCAGUUGGUCCUUCGAACUAUUGGCAACUCUUACUAUGCUUCGGGCCUCCCAGCACCCACAUCGUUUGACUACUUUAUGCGCUAUGUUGGAAGCCUAAAUGGCAAGUCGGGUGAAGAGUAUUGGCGAAACCAACUGGCCGACUCCAAGCGCAGCGUCUUCCCUGAGUCAACUAAGAAAUCCCGUGUCAGCGGGGAUCACGUUUGCCGACGUGAAAUCACUUUGCCUAGCUCAUCAGACAAGUCCAUUACCAAAGCCACCAUUGUGAGAGCAGCGUGGGCACUGAUGCUGGCACAGUAUUGUGCCACAGAUGAUGUAUGCUUUGGCACGUCCAUAUCCGGUCGCCAGGCUCCCGUGAGCGGCAUAACGGAAAUUGCCGGGCCUAUGAUCGCCACUCUGCCGAUCCGGGUUCGUAUUAAUUGUGACACAUCGGCUAUGGAGUUCCUACAAAUGAUCCAGACUCAAGCUACAGAAAUGGUUCCUCAUGAGCAAUACGGCCUUCACAGUAUCCUGAAACUUGGAGACGAGAUCCGAGAUGCCUGCAACUUCACCAGUUUACUGGUUGUCCAGCCCUAUGAGAAAAUGUCAGAGGUUGGAAGCCAGUCAAAGGCCGUCUUAGUUCCGUAUGGAGGUGGCAAAGCCCAGUCGUUGAAUGGGUACUUCAGCUUCCCACUCGUCGUCCAGGCCUUAGUCUCUGAUACCAGCAUGCAGCUGGUACUCUCAUACGAUGGCUCCAAGCAUACCGAGAGGCAAAUAACAGGGUUAGCGAAUCAACUCGACCAUUUGAUUCAGAUUCUCUCUACACAAGCCAGUGAAAAACUCCAUAAGCUUUCCUUGGCCAGCCCCUGGGAUGUUCAACAAGCGAGUGAAUUUAAUUGCGAAACGUCAGAAGUUGUCCACUCCACCUUUCCCGAACUGGUGUCUGCUCAGGCCAAACAGCGCGGUGAUUCCGUGGCUAUUCGGGCGUGGGAUGCUACUCUCACCUAUCAAGAACUCGAUAGGUAUUCCGACUACCUAGCAUCGCACCUCAUAUCAUCUUUCAAUGUUAAACGAGGAGACUAUGUGCAUGUCUGCUUCGAGAAGUCAGCUUGGCACUUCGUCUCAAUCUUGGCAAUCAAUAAAGCCGGUGGCGCUUGGGUGCCCCUCGAGCCAGCACACCCGCUUCAACGGCAGCAGCAGGUUGUCUCACAGACAGGCUCCAAACUGAUCCUCACAUCUGCUCAAUACAAGUCACUUGGCGCCAAGCUCGUGGAUCAUACGCUUGAAGUUAGCCCUGCACUCGUUACAAGUUUGAUCCGAAAACGGCCCAACACACCUAUCAACGGUCGAGUCUUACCCGAUGAUGUCUGCUAUGUUCUCUUCACCUCCGGGAGUACGGGAAUACCCAAAGGAUUUGUCAUGGAACACCGGGCAGCUUGUACCGGCCAGAAAGCCAUCGCAACCAGACUUGGACUUGACGCAGGUGUGAGCAUGCUGCAGUUUGCUGCUUUUUGCUUUGACCUUUCAAUCGGAGAGAUUUUCGGGCCUUUGAUUGUAGGAGGUACUAUUUGCAUCCCAUCAGAUGAGACUCGGAUGGGCGACCUGGCUGCUUUCAUCCGUGAAACAAACAUAAAUGCGGCAUUUAUGACCCCGUCAUUCUCACGCACGCUUGAACCAAAAUCCGUACCUUCUCUCGAACUUGUGUUAUUCGCUGGAGAAGCAGUCCCGCGAGAUGUCCUUGAAACGUGGUUCGGCCAAGUCUCGCACCUCUGGAAUGGUUGGGGUCCUGCAGAAACAUGCUGCUUCAGUACCCUACAUAAUUGGAAGUCGAUCGAUGAGUCUCCGUUAGCAAUCGGUCGGCCUGUUGGCGCUCGCUGCUGGAUAGUUGAUCCCAAUGAUCCACAGAUUCUCGUUCCGGCGGGCACGUUGGGCGAGGUUGUCAUCCAGGGCCCAACCUUGUUGCGCGAGUACAUCGCCAACCCACAGAAGACGGAAGAAUCGAUGGUCAGAAAUCUCCCAGCAUGGGCAUACAGGCCCAAGUCCGGGCCUCAGCUUUGGAACCGAUUCUACAAGACUGGCGAUCUUUGUUUCAUGAACGCACAGGGUGUACUCGAAUUCUCCAGCCGCAUCGACACUCAAAUCAAGAUUCGCGGGCUGCGAGUAGAAUUGAGUGAGGUUGAGCAUCAUCUUUUAUCCAAGUUCCCAGGCGUUUGCCAGGUUGCUGUGGGUGUUCACCGGGGAGAUUCCGGGGAUGUGCUUAUUUCAUACUUAUGUUUCAACAAUGAUACAAGCACAUGUAUCCAACAUGACGGUUUGUUCCUGGCCGUUGAGGAAGAGUGGUUUGACCAGUUAGUCGAAGUGUCAAGAGAACUUGCUCUUGCGCUUCCGAGAUAUAUGAUUCCAACAAUCUUCAUUCCAUGCAAAUAUAUGCCAGUGAGUAACUCAAUGAAGAUCGAGCGCAAUGUCUUGCAACGACUCAGUGCCGCAUUGCCUGCCGAGCAACUUAAACACUACUCACUAUCAAAUUCCGUCAAACGUGAACCUCGAACACCUAUGGAGAUCAAGUUGCGGGAGCUUUGGAGUACUCUUCUACAGAUGCCAUCUGAAUCCAUUGGUCGAGAUGAUGGUUUCCUUCAAAUUGGAGGCGACUCCAUUUUAGCUAUCAGGUUAGUCUCACUGUGUCGAGACGAAGGGCUCCUGAUAUCCACCAAAGACAUUUUUGACGAUUCCCGUCUCUCAUCUCUUGCUGCCAAGAUAACAUGCACCGACGGUACCGUCUCCAGCGAGGAAAUCAACGCAUUUGAUCUUCUUCCGGAACAAAUCAAAGACCAGGUUUUAAGCGAUGCCGUAGCAAGAAAAUGCGCACUAUUGGACGACCAGCAUGUCGAAGAUGCCUACCCCUGUACGCCUAUCCAAGAGGGCAUGAUGGCUCUGGCCGAGAAACAGCCUGGAUCUCAUGUGGCCAAGUAUGUCUAUCGUCUGUCUGAUUUCGUUGACGUCGACCAAUUCCAGACGGCGUGGGAGCAAACCAUCCUUCACUGCCCAAAUCUUCGUACUAGAAUCAUCCAGUUGCAGGGCAAAUUUGUGCAGCUAGUGCUGAACGACGAUCCUCAGUGGGAACUCACAUCCGAGGAUGUCGGAAACACAGUCAAGGAAAUUUCUUCCCAUGCAAUGAGCUCCGGAACCAGACUCAGCCGUCAUGGCCUCGUCACCACAGACAAUGGCACAAAUUACUUCGUUUGGGCCGUUCACCACUCUAUCUAUGACGGAUGGUCCUCCCAGCUGAUCCAGCGUACCUUGUUCAGCCUCUACCACAAUCUCCCUGUUGCAGAUGUACAUCCUUAUGCCGGUUUCAUUAAAUACAUUAAUAGCGUCAGUGAAGACUCCUUCAUGGAGUAUUGGUCAAAACAACUCCAUGAGGCGAAGCAGCUCUCUUGGCCCCCCGCAACCCCCAAGUCAAACUCAAGAUCAGCCAAUCCUACCAAAGUCUAUGUAGAGUCUAUAGAUCUACCUAUCUCUAAGACUAGCACUGUGACGAAAGCGACUAUCGUCCGCGCUGCUUUGGCUCUGGUGCUUUCUCGAUACUCAGAGGACAGCGAUGUAUGCUUUGGAACCAGCAUAUCCGGCCGCCAGGCUCCUGUUUCCAAUAUUGACAAUAUGUGUGGAGCUGCGAUUGCGACAGUACCCUUACGCAUGCGCAUCGACGAACAGCAAUCAAUCGAUCAAUACUUGAAAUCUGUUCAAAGCCAGGCGGUUGGCAUGAUUCCAUACGAGCAAUACGGCCUACAGAAGAUCGCGAAACUGUCUAGAGAGGCUGAUGAAGCUUGUAAAUUUUCGUGCCUGCUCGUCGUCCAGCCUGUCCAGCAAAUGUCUCGUCUUGCAGGUGAAGCACAGUCAAUCUUUUCCGCAGACGACUCUGGCAGUCUCACUCUCGAGGACAGCAUGGAAGGUUACUUCACCUACCCCCUCGUAUUCCAAGUCAUCGUCGGUGAUGGACGGGCCAACCUAACAAUCACUUAUAACAGCGACAUUCUCAGCAAAACUAAAGUGGAAACUCUAGUCUACCACUACGGCAACGUUGUGCAGCAAUUGCUAGUCAAGCAGGACUCAUCCGUACAAUCUAUCUCGCUUGCCGGCGCGUUGGAUGUGGAAAAAGCUCUCAGCUGGAACAACCAUUCCACUGAAGUUGUCGAUCGCUGUUUCCAUGAACUAUUUGAAGAGCGUUCUCAUAGCCAACCGAACGCAGUAGCUAUCGACGCCUGGGACGGAAAGCUCACGUACGGCCAGCUCAAUAGCGCAGCAAAUCGCCUAGCUCACUACCUUGCCGAAGUGCACUCUGUUCGUCCGGGCAGCAUCAUCCACGUCUGCUUUGAGAAGUCUGUCUGGUAUAUUGUGUCUAUUAUAGCCAUCAAUAAGGCUGGUGGUGCCUGGGUGCCUCUUGAUCCUUCCCAUCCUGAACAAAGGAAGAAGCAAAUCAUCAACCAAACUGGAGCCAGAAUCGCUCUGGUAUCAUCAGAAACAACCAAAAUGCUCAGCUCACUGUUAGAUACAGUCGUCGAAGUCUCGCCAGCGCUUGGGCGCGAUCCGGCAAUGCAAUCAGCUGAUUCCAAACAAGGGCCGGCUGUCGAGGUGUCCAUUUACGACCCUGCGUAUAUAUUGUUCACAUCUGGAAGUACAGGCACUCCCAAGGGCUAUGUAAUUCAGCAUAGGGCUCUUUGCACGAGUCAAACCAACAUUCCCCACUACAUCGAGCAGAGCAGAUCCUCGAGAGUACUUCAAUUCGCAUCCUAUACCUUUGACUGUGCGAUCGCGGAAAUCAUUGGCUCUCUACUUCGUGGAUGCUGCAUCUGUGUGCCGGACGAUGAAACCAGGAUGGGCGAUCUUCCCGGUUUCAUUGAAGAAUAUAACGUCGACUGGGCAUGGCUGACGCCGUCGCUCGUACAAACUCUGUCCCCAGAAAGAGUCCCAAACCUCAAGGUCAUUGUAUUGGUAGGUGAAGCAGUAACGCAGGACCUCUUGAACCGCUGGUUCGGCAAGGUCCGCCUAAUCAAUCUAUGGGGUCCUGGAGAAGUGGUAGUGGGAAGUACGUGGCAUGAAUAUUCCUCCAUCAAUGAUGUACCGAGUAAUAUCGGCCGCCCACGUUGUGGAUACACGUGGGUUGUUGAUCCUCAAGAUUGCACCAAGCUGGCUCCUAUCGGAACGGUUGGUGAGAUUGUUAUUCAAACGCCGACAAUGCUUCGAGAGUACCUCAACAAUGAUGAACAGACCCGCAACAGUAUCAUUUCGACCUUGCCAGACUGGGCUCCAAAACAUUCUGAUUCUUCAUGGAACCGCUUUUAUAAAACAGGUGAUUUAGCCUCGUAUAAUGAAGAUGGCACCAUCAAUUUCGUCUCUCGAAAGGAUACGCAAGUCAAGAUCCGCGGUCUUCGUGUUGAGCUAGGUGAAAUCGAGUUCCAUAUCCGAGAGUUGCUGGAAGGUGUUCAGCAGGUUGGCGUCGAUGUCCUCAAGACGGAUGUAGGUGUUCACCUGGUAGCCUACUUCUGCUACAGCGAUGAAAUGCGGUCAAAUCAUCAAGAUGACAUCUUCCUCCCCUUGGACUCUAAGCUCCAAGAUGCCAUUCUAAAGUUGACUGGUAGCCUGCACCUCGCCCUACCUUCGUAUGAAGUCCCGACCAUCUUCAUUCCGUGUAGCUAUAUGCCAAGCAACAUAUCAGACAAAUUAGAUAGAAGGGCGUUGAAGAGUUACACGCUGAACCUGGGCCAGGAAAUGAUAGCCAAGUACUCGUUAUCCAAUGCGGAAAAAAGAGCACCUGAGACAGAGGUAGAAAUUCGCAUGCAGGAACUUUGGGCUGCAAUUCUUAACAUCCCGAAGGAGAGUAUUGGUCGAGAUGAUAACUUCCUGAGGAUUGGAGGUGACUCCAUUCUGGCUAUCCAACUCGCAUCGGCGGCUCAAGACAUGGGUUUGAAAAUCACAGUUGGGAAUAUCUUCCAAGACUCACGACUAUCAUCAUUGGCUACUACUGCCUCUACAGGUACCCAGUAUUCAUCAAAAAUCGUCAAACCUUUCAGCCUGCUUCCGCACAACAGCACCGUGGCUGAACUUGCUUCGGAACUCCAGCGCCUGGGAAAUCUUCCUGAGCCACCGACAAUAGAAGAUGCAUUCCCAACCUACCCACAUCAAGAUGAGAUGAUGAGCGCCACGGCAAGUCGUCCUGGCGCUUGCGUUCAUAAACGGGUUUGGAGAAUCCCUCAAAAUAUUGACGCUGAUCGCUUCAAGUGGGCAUGGGAUCAGACUGUUAACUACUUGCCGGCUCUAAGGUGCAGGAUUGUAUCCUCCCACGGAACCAACAUUCAGGCCAUCAUCAAGGGUCAUCAAGAAUGGGAAGAAAAUCCUAAGCGAUUGGGUGUCAGAAGCUUCUUCAAAGAUACCGACAUAGUAUCCACCAUGGGAUUCGGAACCUUGCUUUCCAGGUAUGCUAUUAUUGAAGAGAACAAUGACCGCUUUUUCGUCUGGAUACAGCAUCACGUACUGCUUGAUGGCUGGAGUUUGUCAAUGGUUUUGGGGGUUGUAUCCAACUUCUAUUACAACGUUGCGGCCGCACCUAUUUCAAACUUUGCCAACUUCAUCCAGUACACCACCGAGAUCGACCAGGCUCAGGCUGUUAAAUUUUGGAAGACCGCACUCAAGGGCCUCAAGCAAUCACGAUGGCCGCAAAGACCACCCCCCACAAACGACUACGGCGCCUAUGAAUUGACCUUUACCACAAUUGAGGUAUCGAAUGAAUCAGCGUUCACUCUCGGUACUAUCCUUCUCGGCGCGUGGGGUCUUGCCAUUCGACACUUUGACAAUCAGGAUCGCGACAUCUAUGUCAUGCGGCUGUCUUCUGGCCGGCAAGCACCUGUGGCCAGAAUUGAGAAUGCUCCGGGGCUGUGCACCGUUGAAAUGCCAAUGCCAGUACGCAUUAAAAAGAGUCAACCCAUAUCAGAGUUUCUAUCAGAGUUACAGAAACAUUGCUCUGAGAGUGUGCCGUAUGAACACUUCGGUGUGGAGAACAUUGCCAACCUCUUACCUGAAGAUGAGAUUGAUGACAUUCUUGACCCAUCCACCUUAAUGAUUCCGCAUGCGGUACAAACCUCCGGUACUGGCGAGAACACUAAUGUAGCCAGCUUAAUGGAACAUGCGCCUGAAGUGUGGCCACCAGAAGAGAGUAUCAGAGGCUUCACGACCAGCAAUCUAUCCAUGCAUUGUCAACUCAGGCAGGAUAGCAUCCAAAUCUCUGCUUCCCACCGCGCCAGUGUCCUCAGCAGUGCAGAAGUUAGAGCCCUCUAUGAAUACUUAGAGUCGGCAGUUCUUGCAAUCUGCGAACAUCCGGAGACGAGCGUUUCGGAUCUUAUUGAUCACCUUGACUCUAAGCAUCCAUUGAUCUGA